UGGGCCCUGGGACUUCUGGAGGUCAGGAGGAGCCAGGAACCAUAAUCUGAAGUUUUGUCUUUUCAGAAGGAGGACAGAAUGUCUUGGGAUGUUUUAUCGUUGCUGGUCUGUUUGUAUGUGUCCACGUGUCAAUCUGUAGCAGUGCUGGUGGAACCUGUGGCACAGAGCCACAUGGGGCCGUCGGUAUCAUUGAAAGCUCUACCAGGUUCGCCAUCACUGAUGUACUGUUUAGCAAUCCUCUUUGAUUCUACAGGCUGCAGAGCUGCGUGCGUACCUGAAAUCCAAAGGAGCGGAGAUCUCAGAAGAGAACUCGGAAGGUGGGCUUCAUGUGGACUUGGCUCAGAUUAUUGAAGCCUGCGAUGUGUGUUUGAAGGAAGACGAUAAGGAUGUGGAAAGUGUGAUGAACAGUGUGGUCUCCUUGCUAUUGAUCCUCGAGCCAGACAAGCAGGAGGCGUUGAUUGAAAGCCUGUGUGAGAAGCUGGUCAAGUUCCGGGAAGGCGAGCGCCCAUCUCUGAGACUGCAGCUACUAAGCAACCUUUUCCACGGGAUGGAUAAGAACACCCCAGUGAGGUACGUAGUGUACUGCAGCCUUGUUAGAGUGGCGGCAUCCUGCGGGGCCAUCCAGUACGUCCCCACGGAGCUGGACCAGGUUAGAAAAUGGAUUUCUGACUGGAAUCUCACCACUGAGAAGAAACACACGCUUUUAAGACUACUUUAUGAGGCCCUCGUGGAUUGUAAGAAAAGUGAUGCUGCUUCAAAAGUCAUGGUGGAAUUGCUUGGAAGUUACACAGAGGACAAUGCUUCCCAGGCACGCGUUGAUGCGCACAGGUGCAUUGUACGAGCAUUGAAAGAUCCAAAUGCAUUUCUUUUUGACCAUCUUCUUACCUUAAAGCCAGUCAAGUUUCUGGAAGGCGAGCUUAUUCAUGAUCUUUUAACCAUUUUUGUGAGUGCUAAGUUGGCGUCAUAUGUAAAAUUUUACCAGAAUAACAAAGACUUCAUUGACUCGCUUGGCCUGUUACACGAGCAGAAUAUGGCAAAAAUGAGACUGCUUACUUUUAUGGGAAUGGCAGUGGAGAACAAAGAGAUUUCCUUUGAUACAAUGCAGCAAGAACUUCAAAUUGGAGCUGAUGAUGUAGAAGCCUUUGUUAUUGAUGCUGUAAGGACUAAAAUGGUCUACUGCAAAAUUGAUCAGACCCAGAGAAAAGUAGUUGUCAGUCAUAGCACACACCGGACAUUUGGAAAACAGCAGUGGCAGCAACUGUAUGACACACUUAAUGCCUGGAAACAAAACUUGAACAAAGUGAAAAACAGCCUUUUGAGUCUUUCUGAUACCUGAAUUUUUACAAAUAUAAUUUUGAUCCUUUGGGGGAAAAUAAAUCUUAAUCAUAGUAAAAUGUUACAAACUAAAAACUGAUCUGGGAUUCAUUGUCUCAUAGUUAAAAGUAGAAUCAGAAGCUCCAGAGGAAAGGGUCACUCUGUCCUGAACAGUACCUAAGUUCUGCUCCGUGCAUGCUUUGAAGGAAGCAUAUUCUCUGACAAGAUAUUAAGGGGAACUCACUGGAACAGUAAACCCCAAGUCCAAGAUAGCUGUCACCUGACCUGUGCAGAUCCGGAAUACCUUCCCCCACAGGA